UGCCUCCUCAUACAUUUAGCUUGAGCCUAAAUUAGCUCAGAUACAUCUUUCCGAAACGAGUUGUCUUCACACGUCAACCGACAGCCGGCCGAGCGGGUAUUUAUUCGGGGCUCGCUGUGUCUACGGUGCCAAAACAUGUACAUAAAAGCCCUGUUCCGAUGCAGAAACAUGCUGAAAUCAGAACUGGUCGUGUGAAAUGCGGGCUAGCUUAAUCAAAGCUAGCUGACGGACAGGGGCCGAGGAGCGAAAGUGGCGAACAUUAACGAGGGAUAAGCCUUUCAUGAGAAGCCUGGGUAAACACACCCGCCACUGAAGCCACAGGAACAAGGACUGGUAGAUAGCUACUUCCAUACAAAGACAGAGCCAUGGGCGCGUUCUUGGACAAGCCCAGGACGGAGAAGCACAACCUGCAUGCCGAGGGCAACGGCCUGCGCUACGGGCUGAGCUCCAUGCAGGGCUGGCGGGUGGAGAUGGAGGACGCUCACACCGCUGUGUUGGGACUUCCGGGUCCUGGUAUGACCGACUGGUCUUUUUUUGCCGUGUACGACGGCCACGCUGGAUCAAGGGUGGCCAACUACUGCUCUAAGCAUCUUCUGGAGCAUAUCCUUGGUGCUCACUUGGUGACCGGAGGGACCCAAAGCUCCCAGGCCGGUUCAGACGGCUCCGCCAGUGUCUCUCCAACACUGAUUCCCCCGUCAGUGGAGACUGUGAAAUCUGGGAUCCGGACAGGCUUCCUGAAGAUCGAUGAGCACAUGCGCAGCUUCUCUGACCUCCGUAACGGCAUGGACCGCAGCGGCUCCACCGCAGUGGGAAUCCUCCUGUCACCCGAUCUUUUCUUUUUCAUCAACUGUGGGGAUUCUCGGGCCGUUCUGUACCGCAAUUCCCACGUGUGCUUCUCCACACUCGACCACAAGCCUUGCAACCCACGCGAGAGAGAGCGCAUCCAGAAUGCCGGCGGCUCGGUGAUGAUUCAGAGGGUUAACGGCUCGCUCGCCGUAUCGAGAGCCUUGGGGGACUUCGAUUACAAGUGUGUGGAUGGCAAGGGCCCCACAGAACAGCUGGUUAGCCCCGAACCAGAAGUGUUUGAGAUGGUCCGGGCCCCAGAACAGGAUCAGUUUGUGAUCCUGGCGUGUGACGGCAUCUGGGACGUCAUGUCCAACGAGGAGCUGUGUGAGUUUGUGAGAUCUCGGCUCGAGGUGUCCGACGACCUGGAGAGAGUCUGCAAUGAAGUGGUGGACACCUGCCUGCACAAGGGGAGUCGGGAUAACAUGAGUGUUGUGUUAGUGUGUUUGCCCAACGCCCCCAAAGUGUCGGGGGAAGCUGUGAGGAAAGACGCUGAGCUCAACAAAUAUCUGCAGUCUCGAGUGGAAGAGAUGCUGUCUCGGCCAGGGAGGGAGGGCUUUCCGGACCUGGUAGCAGUGUUGAGGAACCUGUCCACUGACCUCGGCAUGCCCUCGUUGCCACCGGGGGGGGGCCUUGCCAGCAAACGCAGUGUUAUUGAAGCAGUCUACAACCGUCUGAACCCAUACAGGGAGGAAGAUGGGCUCCCUUCACGGACUGGCCUCUGAGGCACAGGGUGGCGGCUGGGGAGGCCCUACUUUGACGAGUUUCAUCGACCAGGAGUCCAUUUCAUUUCUUUCCACCCUAAGCACUAAUCAGUGAUUGAAUCAAAUAUGUUUCGGAAAAAGGCCUCUUCUUUUUCAGUGUGUUUGAAAACCAAUGUGGGCAUUGACAACGUGGAUACGCAUACUUUGCAUGUGUAUUUUUUUCUUCUGUAGAUGCAUUUACAAUAGGUUAUAAGUACAUACAGAACUGUAAUAUACUCUUUUUUUUUUAUCAUUCAAAUGUGCUUUCUGAAGUGGUCGUGUUGAAAGGGAACAGGCCGAGCCGGUUGCUGGCUGCUUCACGUUCUUGUGGUACCCUCGCUCUUGAUGCCAUAUGAUAAAUAGGUACUUAAAUGUGUAGUUUUUUUUGCAGUUGUGUUUAAUGGGAUGAUUGAUUUUGUUUUUUUGUUGUUCUUUUUGUGGUGGAGGGAGUGUGGGAGGGGUGGGAUCUCUAUAGUUGUGCAUGUUUUGUGAUUGAGGGAGGAGUGUAUUUUGUGUGUGAGAUGUACUAAUGUGGAUAUGUUCAGUGUGGUGAGAGCCCAACGUUGGAAAGGAAAGGGGGAAGAUGAAAGAACAACAUGGGGGAAGUGGAACACGUAGCAGGAUAUUAUUUGUCCUUUAGGACUGAAGUUCAGUUGGUUAAACCCCCAAAUAUAUAUAUAUAUAUAUAUAUAUUUUGACUGCAUCUGAUGUUUUGUUGUUCUGACAUUGAGUCCUCUCCAUUGUGGACACAAUGUUUUCACACCAACGCUUCCUGACUUUUUAACGUUGUUUCACCACACAGAAUACUUGUUUUUUAAGGUUUAUGUUUAAGCUAAAUCAGACACUGGGCUAGGAGAGAAAUUAAGGGAGGGAAGGAAGGAGAAACGUUAAUUUUUAUUUUGUUUUCAUGUAAUUUUCAUUAUUCACACCGAUUCCACUGCAUGGACAGAAUACAAGCAGCACUGCAGCAUCACAUCUCUCCCCAUCAGUCAUUCAAUGUGGAAACAAGCUCAUUUUGCGACCCUUAAUUUAAAAAAUAAUAAUAAGUAUGUGAUUGUAUGUUGUGGAAUAUAAUCUCAAGAUUUACAUGGGAAGACUUUGGUAGUGAUGCUUGAAUAAUUUGAGCCUGACUUUCAGGAUAUGUUUAGCAAAGAGUAUUUUUCCUCCCGGAUAUAUAUUAAUAUUCUGGGCCGCUGGGGUUGAAAUGACCGUGAGGACCGCAGAAGGGAGGCGGGACGUUGGAAACGGCAAAAGACAGACGUGACAUUCCUCAUGUGGGCUUUUAAGGCUGGAAGUGAACCCUUGACCCGUUGCCUCUCUGACAUGUCUAGGCACUCUUUAUAUACAUACUGUUAGAGUUGACAGAUUUAUGAUGGCGUUGAUAAAUUCCACACUUGUUUUUUAUUUAUUCCAGUGCUUUUUAGCUCUUAUAAAAAAAAAGCUGUAUUUUGAAGACUGAAUAAGGUAAUGGUAAACCUGGUGUGCAUUUCAGAGUAAUGUGUGACCCACUGACCUUCAGGUUUAUGAGACGACAGCAUCCUUUCUUCCUGUACUUGUUUCCCGGUAUGCUAUUGUGAUGUUACAGACCAUACAGUGAACAUAAACGUCAAUAAAAGAUGGAUUUAAGUUUAAAA